GGAGCCGCGUCACUGCAGAGUCACAUCCCGAGCGGUCGCGCGUAUCCCUCCUCCUUGGCUGCCGCCGCUGCACCUUUAAUAAAGCCCCGCUGCCGGGCGGAGGAACGAAGCAUUUUUUGCAAAACAUUUGAAUAUCGUUUAACAAGCUGUCUUGCCUCGGUCUUCUCUAUUACCGGACUCUUUUCCCGUCGCUCCCUGCGCGAACUAAGGCCUUAGCGCUUGGAUCGCGGACAUCCCCGGCUGGACUAUUUUAUCUCCGGCCUGGGAAGAUGGCUGCCGAGUCCUGAUAGCGGUGGGUAAUCGGUAGGAAGGCAGAGACCAGGCAGGAAGCCAGCGAGCUUACAGGAGACGCAAAAAAGGAAGUUGGAGGCUACAGGAACGUUAGAGCCGGGUUAUGGAGUGAAGCAGGCCAUAACUGCAGCUUGGGGUACUCGGCUCCUUCACCUCCUCCCGGGCUCAGCAUCGGGUGACGGGGUGAGAUGCUGCCCCGGUCAGGGCUCUGUUUGCCCCGGCUGUAGUGAAGGUCUCCCUUCAAGGGAUAGUUACAAUUCUGGGACAGGGAUGGAUGAUCAGAAGCCAUCCAGCGAAGACAAGGAUUCAGAGUCAUCAGCUGAUGGAAAUGCAUCCCCAGUGGCCUGUGAAACAGAAGGGGGUGAGCCUGGCCACGCAGCGCAGACAGACCCUGCUGGGGGAGAAGGGACCUCUCCUGACAGAGUGUGCAGCAGCAGUGGCUCUAAAACCAGGCGCUGUGCUCUCUGUAACUGUGGAGAAUGCAGUCCCCAGGGUCAGCGGGAACUUCUACGUUUUGAACCAUCGCCCGGCCGCCCUGUGCUUAUACAGGGCCAGUGCAGGACACAGGAGUUGGUCACGCAUGAUGAAGACAAUUUUGUGGUUGGGUUUGCUAACUCUCUGUCUCCUGAGGAGCUCUUUGAGCCUACAGGGCACUGUUGGGUUCAUCACUGGUGUGCCUCCUGGUCAUUUGGAGUCCAACAUGAUGAGGGAACUGGAUUGACUAAUGUGGACAUAGCUGUAUUCUCAGGGAUAUCACAGAAAUGUGAAUACUGUAAACGGAUGGGUGCUACCAUUCAGUGUCACUCGACGGGGUGUUUACGCAGGUAUCAUUUCCCCUGCGCCGCUGCGAGUGGGUCCUUCCAGUCCAUGAAGACCUUAAAACUCCUGUGUACAGAACAUAUUUGUGAAGCUGUUGCUAUGGAGGACUCUCGCUGCUUGCUGUGUGACAGACCUGGUGACCUCACAGACCUCCUGUUCUGCACCAGUUGUGGGCUACACUAUCAUGGCACCUGCUUGGAGAUUACAGUCACACCUCUAAAACGUUCAGGAUGGCAGUGCCCUGAGUGUAAAGUGUGUCAAACCUGCAGGCGGCCUGGUGAGGACUCAAUGAUGUUAGUCUGUGAUGCCUGUGACAAAGGAUAUCACACUUUUUGUCUGAAACCAGCUAUUGAGAAUUUGCCAGCUGACUCUUGGAAGUGCAAGGCUUGCCGUGUUUGUCGUUUGUGCGGUUCUCGGACAUCACAAUUAGAGCCUGGCAGCCAGUGGUAUGAGAACUACACUGUAUGUGAAAAAUGCCAAGAGCAGAGAAGGCGAUCAGAAACAGGUGUCCAGUGUGAUCAGCCCGGAGCCCCAGAAAAAAUGCAACGAUGUCCAUGUUGUUCCAAGUUCUACCACCCAAGUUGUGCACAAGACUCUGAACCCCUGGCAUCCAGUGGGUGCUGUCUAUCAUGCAGCAAGCAACAACUAUUUGUACAGGGAAAAGAUGUGCAGGACAAAGGGAGUGAGAUUGAGAACACUGCACUUUCAGAAUAUGAAGCCAAACCACUAGACACUGUAACAGCUGAUGAAGAUGUAGUCACUUCUUCAGACAAUGAAGCUGCUGAGGCCCUUCCUGUGAUCUCAUCUCCAUCUCCAAAGGAUUCGAGAAGUCCACCACCUCUGGAGGUGGAACCAGCACCUCAAGAGAGAACAUAUGAAAACUCUCCAGUGCAGGAGGAGGCUCCUGUGCUAGUUACCGUGGAAGAUGAAGAAAUGGAUGUGGACGAAGGAAUUGCUGAGGCCAUUGAAUUUGGGCAGCAAAAAGUUUUAGUACACCAUCCCAUGAGUUCAGUUCUUAAGACGUCAUCUUUUACACCUUCGUUACAUGAAAGGACACUGUCUGAUGCCUCGUUGAGUGAGGACACUAAGCUUCCAACCAAUACAGAGGUUAUAGAUAAAGGACCAUGUUUAAGUCCUGGAAGAGUAAAAGAGGAACCAUCUAGCAGCUAUGAUAAGCAACCAUUUCUUUCAGAUUCUGAAAUGACCAUGGACUCUGAAGAGGCUCCUUGUCCUAACAGUACAGAUAUUCUGAGUACAGACCCUAAUUUAAGUCAAGAGGGAAUUGGGGACAUCUCUGUUCAUAAGGUGCAUAUUUCCAUGAGACCUGCUCUUGUUAAAUCUGAUAUUGUAAAUGAAAUUUCUAAUUUGAGCCAGGGGGACACUACAGGUAGCUAUCAUGGCUCUGAUGUAUUAGGUUCCCCUGAUCCUGAGGGCGGGUCCCUCUCUAUGGAGAUUUGCCUUCACAAGGAGGAUGGGUCCUUAAGGUUGUGCACAGACUCUAUGCCUGAGACUGAUGAUUCUCUAUUGUAUGAUCCUUCUAUUGGAAAGUCUGAUGUUGACAAAUCACGUCGCAAGAGUUCUCCAGGGCGCUCAAGGGUCAAACAUGGCAGAAGCAGUAGUUUUCCUGGAAGGAGGCGUCCCCGUGGAGGCAGUGGUACUGGUGGCAGUCGCGGUAGAGGGCGAUCACGAUUAAAAUCAACAACUUCUUCUAUAGAGACUCUGCCGAUGAUAGAUCUUGAAAGUUCUCCUGGUAAAGAGGAAGAGGAGGAGGAGGAUGAUACCAUGCAAAACACAGUGGUGCUCUUUUCUAAUACGGACAAGUUUGUGCUCAUGCAGGAUAUGUGUGUGGUUUGUGGCAGUUUUGGCCGAGGCCCAGAGGGACAUCUGUUGGCUUGUUCCCAGUGUUCUCAGUGCUAUCAUCCAUAUUGUGUAAAUAGCAAGAUUACCAAGGUGAUGCUACUAAAAGGCUGGCGGUGUGUGGAGUGUAUAGUGUGUGAGGUGUGCGGUAAAGCCACGGACCCUUCUCGCUUGCUGCUGUGUGAUGACUGUGACAUAAGUUAUCAUACAUACUGUCUGGACCCUCCUUUGCACACUGUUCCCAAGGGCGGCUGGAAAUGCAAAUGGUGUGUUUCCUGUAUGCAGUGUGGGUCAGUCACUCCUGGAUUCCAUGCAGAGUGGCAAAACAACUAUACACAUUGUGCUCCUUGUGGCAGUUUGGUGAGCUGUCCUGUUUGCCAUCUUCAAUACUUGGAGGGUGAUUUGCUGAUCCAGUGUCGUCACUGUGAGAGGUGGCUUCAUGCUGUGUGUGAGAACCUAUUCACAGAAGAGGAGGUUGAGCAGGCAGCUGAUGAUGGAUUUGACUGUUCUUCCUGCUUACCAUUUAUCCCAAAGCCAGUGGUACCUGUCAUUCUUCCAGAGAGUCCUGUAAAAAUCAAGGAACCAGAGCCACAGUACUUUCGUUUUGAGGGAGUUUGGCUGACUGAGGCAGGUAUGGCAGUGCUACGUAGUCUCAUGCUGUCGCCUGUCCAGAAAAAGAAGCCGCGACGCUCACGAUUAAGUACAGGGGGGGAGAUUUUUUCUGAUUUUCCGGAUCAUGUAAGCUGUGAAGAAAGAAAGGAAGGGGAGACAGAGUGUGAUGAGCUAAAAGCAGAUGGUUGCAACAUGGAACCAAUGGAGUGCGAGAUAAAGACAGAACCUCUUGGCAGCCCAGAACGAGAAGCUGGAGGAGAAACUGAAGCCGGCAAAUUGAUUGAAGAUCCUGAUGAUGCCAAGAAGAAGAAAAGAAAACCUUAUAGACCUGGUAUCGGAGGCUUCAUGAUACGACAGAGGAAAACCCAUACACGUUCUAAGAAGGGACAUGCAGCUUUUUUAGAAGCCUGUCGAGAGAGCCAGAGUUUAGAUAUUCAUCCAGAUGAUGCUGCAGCUCCUGAGGUGUCUACUGAAGGUGGUGCGGAUGGAGGAGCUACAGAAGCAGAUGAGAAGAAGAAGAGAAGAGGCAGAAAGAAGAGCAAACUGGAAGAUAUGUUCCCAGCAUAUUUACAGGAAGCAUUUUUUGGGAAAGAACUGCUUGAUCUCAGUAGACAAGCUUUGCUGGCUGCUCGACCAUUGGCACAUAAGAUCAAGCCUGUGCACAAUGUCCCUUUAAAUCCCCUUAGCACAGUGGGACCAACCUCACAAGCUUCUCAGCAAAGCACAGCAGAGACAACGGUUCCCACCCCUGCAUUGGCACCUGAAGAAUCUGAAAGUAAUGAAACAAAGACUGAAAAUCCAGAGGAUGCGCCUGAGGCAGAAGUCCUGAAUGUUGCUGCAGCUCCCCACACCGGAGAGAGAAUUACAGUGCAACUCCCAGAGGGAGCCCUCGGCUCGGAUCUGGAUAAAAUCGCCACGGAGGAGCUACCUAAAAUGGAGAGCACAGACAUCCAACAACUGCUGAAGGAUGUGCUAGGCUCAUCAGAACAGGAACAGAAUUGCUCCACUGGCAGAGCAGAUGUGUCAUCCACAGCUGGCACUACUGCUCUGCACCAGCGGCCCUUCCUUCAUGAGUCUUUUUCCCAGCCUGGAUUUAUGGAAAACAGGGACAGGAGUGGUUUAUUCAGCCCUGAACACUGCGACACUGACGGUUCCUGGACAACAGCCUCUACACCAACCACACCAACUACAGAAGGGGACACUGAUGGUCUUUCAUAUAAUCAGCGAAGUCUACAGCGCUGGGAGAAAGAUGAAGAGUUAGGGGAGCUUUCCACUAUAUCACCUGUUCUGUAUGCUAACAAGAACUUCCCUAAUCUCAAGCAGGACUACCCAGAUUGGAAUACUCGUUGCAAACAAAUUAUGAAGCUUUGGCGGAAAGUUCCAGCACCAGACAAAGCUCCCUAUUUGCAAAAAGCCAAAGACAAUCGAGCAGCACACAGGAUCAGCAAAGUUCAGAAGCAGGCAGAAAACCAAAUCAACAAGCAGGUUAAAGUAGAAGGUGUACGAAAAACUGAGCGUCCAAUGCUACAGCUUCAGAUUCCAGGCAAACCUGGGUCUGGUGUUUCUGAUUUUAGGACUGGAGUUUCAAGUGGAUCUGAGCUUUUCAAUAGCUCAGCAAUGUCUACAUCCUCAGACUUGUUUCUAAAGCCUUCAUCAGCUAGUACUCCAGGGGCAGAAUCUCCUAGUGAUAUUUUCUUUAAGUUGCCUCCUCAGUCUCCAUCUCGGGAGCAUUAUCCAAGCUCUCCUGCUUAUUCUUUGGACUCACGAUACCAGCCUUCCACUUCUAGUGGGAGCUUCCAGAAUAUAUCUGCAACAGAUACUCCGCCUGCUGCUAGUCCACAGCAAACACAUGGCAUGAUUUACCAGUCAUGUAACUCGGCAACCCCCCAUCAUACUCCUCACACACCAGAACCUUUUUUUAGGCCACGGUAUUCAUCUGGUUCCCUUGAUAACCUUUCAUUGGUAGGAAGUCCAAGGAUGUGCCAAUCAUCUGAAACUUCCAACAAGCCUACUGAACCUAUACUGUCCCCCUCACGUUAUGCAGAUCACAAAAGACCAUUAGAUGGUACCCUGCUUCACAUAAAGAAGGAAGAAGUUUGUGUUGGCAUUGGCUCCCCAAACUUCUCUCACAGUGCUGGCUCUGUUGAUGGACCUUUAGAGAAUAAAUGUGAUGUAUUCAAAGCCCCUCUUACGCCUAGAAUGUCUCAGAUAGAACCUCAUAGUCCUGUACCUUCACACCGAGACACCCACAUGCAUGCACAGGUGGCAUCCCCUCAACACUCAGACAUGUACAGGCAAACAUCUACCCCAUACAAUGACCCCUAUUCCCAACCUCCUCUUACCCCUCGCCCUCAGCCAACAGACAGUAGCUGCACUUUGCCCUCUCGACCUCUUCCUUCUGAUCCCUUUCCUCGUGUCCCCACAAGCCCACAGUCGCAGGGUAGUUCUCAUUCACCACUAACUCCUAGACCAUUAUCCACAGAAGCAUUCUGCCAAUCUCCUGUUACCCCUCGGUUUCAGUCCCCAGACCCAUACUCUCGUCCACCAUCUCGUCCCCAAUCACGGGAUCCUUUUGCCCCUCCUCACAAACCUCCACGACCCCAGGUAGCAGAAAUGGGUUUUAAACCUACUGCCCAACUUUCUCACACCUCUGCUGGAUCUCAACCAUCCCUAGAUGGCCACUCCAAAGCACAGCUGGGCCAACAGCAGACUCCAGUUUUUGCUCGAUCUCCUGGCUCUGGUGUAUUUCCAAACUCUCAAACUCAGCCAUGUUUCACAUUUCCUCAAUCUCCUGGAGACAGUGUGAGAAAUUCUCCCUCUCACCAGGCUAACUUUCCUCCUUCACAUUCAUUGAACAGUCACUUUACUCAUAACAAACCUCAGAGUUAUCCCUCACCCAGCAGCAACACUGUUUCUCAUUCUGCUGAAAGUCCACACUCCUCUGGUAAUGGUAGCACUUCAGAAGUAUAUGCACAGUCUCCAUUGCGCCCUCCUUCAGUAUUACCUCAAGAAACCUCUUACCAGCCUGCUGCUCCCGGUCAGCGAUAUGGCCUUACAUCGCCAGUUGAAAAGCCUCGAGAAGAAAUUAUUGGAAUGAACACUAUUGGGACACCUUCAAGGGAAGGCUCUGAACUUCAGGGAGCACCAGAUGCUGGAGCAACAAGCUUGAGUCAGACAGAGCUAGAGAAACAGAGACAGCGUCAAAGAUUGCGAGAAUUCCUAAUUCGGCAGCAGAUCCAGCGCAACACCUUGCGACAAGAAAAGGAAGCGGCAGCAGCAGCUCUUAGCUCAUCUCAAGCAGGGUGGAGUGCAGAGGCUAGUGGACAAAGCCUGGAUACAGUUGGAAGGAGUGCAACCUAUCCUGCAUCACAGGAAAAGACCAGUAUUGGAGCCAUCCCUGGGGUGGUCGGGACAAAUAAACUUCAAGGGCAAGCAGUGGUAUCAGGCUCUCUUGCGCAGGACGAACGGUUAAACUCAGCUGUGACUGCUGUGUCCCAUAAUGCUCUUGAUGUUUCUGGAAGGCUUUCAACUGAAGGACCUCAAACAUUUUAUCCACGAGGAUCCUUUACUGAUCAGCAGCAAGUGUGGCAAGCACCUGUGGCACAUAGGAUGUUGACACCUAGUCGCUUCCAAGAAGUGAACAGACCUACAAUUCCCACUGCAGUGAGCACAGUAAACAGUGGUGGAAUGGUAAGGUUACCAUUUCCUGCAGAGCAGAUUUCUUCCACGGUAACCGUAGGUGGUGCACCUUAUAUUGAGUUGCAACAUCAUGGACAGAAGCUACCCCUAGGAACUCCAUUUUCUCCUCCUGGUCUGCAGAAUAGACCCCACUUUUUUGUACCAGGUGAAGGAACUGGUGGUCCACUUCUUUCUGGGUUAAUAAAAGGAGAAAGAAACUCUUUACAAGUUCCUGUGAUGAGGAACCCGUUACUACAGUCUCAGAGAGUAAUUACUUGCACUCCAACUAUUCCACACGGAGAACUGGGCAUUGUCCAGCAGACAAUACAAACCAAAGUCAAGCCAUCAUCUGAUUCAGUCCCUACAGAAACAUCUAACCGAUCACAACAAGAGGGUUCUAAGAACAGGUCUGGACCUGGGUUAGGGGGAAUACGGGCCCCAUCUGAUGACCCACCAGAGUUGGAUGUUGAUUUUGAUACACACAAAGAUUUAGAGGAUGAUGAUUUAGCAAAUUUGAGCCUUGAUGUAGCUAAAGCAGAGGAUGAUUUAGGCAAUCUAGAUAACCUUGAGACAAAUGACCCUCAUCUUGAUGAUCUCUUAAAUGGUGAUGAAUUUGACCUCUUGGCUUACACUGAUCCUGAGUUGGACACAGGCGACAAAAAGGAUAUUUUUAAUGAGCACUUAAGGCUGGUUGAAUCAGCCAAUGAGAAAGCUGAAGAGGAAGCACUUCUUAAAAUGGAGCCUGAUGGUGUGGAGGCAAAAACAGACAGUGUUCUCAACCAUACCAAGCAGGAGUUACCAGUUAACUCAGAAAUGGCAACAACCAAAGAAAAAAUGUCAGGUCAUUUGGAAAUGGGUUUUGGACCUAGUUCUAACACUGGUGGUGAGAGGACUAACCAGCCUUCAUCAGCCGUGGAAACAAAACGUUCUCCUUAUAUUGGUGAUUUAAAACCAAAGCUAGAAGAUGGUGGCCUCAAGACAAAUACCUGUCAAUUUUCUGCUAACAAUCAAUUAUCCAUUAAGACUGAAUCUCCUCAAAGUAUAGAAAAAGCUUUGUUAGGUAGCAGUGUGUUAAAAGCUGGAUCUGGACUUCAGAUUCCCAGUGGAAAUUCUGUGCAAACCUCAAACUCAAGUGGCUCUUUAUUUCCAAACAAAGAAACAAAUGUAUCCGCAUCUCUGUCUAAUUCAAGUAAUAUAAUGCUUGGAAAAUUUGAGCUGGAUGAAGGCACACUGGGACUACAAGGUGCUCGACAGUCUCCAAGUGAUGAUCUUGAGAAGAUGGAGAGCUCUUUAGUAGCCAGUGAGCUUCCACUUCUUAUAGAGGACCUGCUGGAGCAUGAAAAAAAAGAACAGCAAAAAAAGCAGUUGCUGUCCACUCAGCAUUCAGAGGGUAUUCAACAGCAUCCUAUAACACAUUCUAUAGCCACUUCACAAGGGUCCCUUAUUCAGCAGCAUCCAGAUGCCCUAGCAGGACUUGGACUAGUUUCUAGACAUCAGGUUUUGAGUUCGGGGUCUCAACUAUUAGCACCACAGCAAAUGCAACAAAGAAUUGGUGGGACACAACCAACUUCUACCCUAGAGUCUCCUCUUGUGGCUUCUGGUCAGAGUCCGUUAAUAAGUGCUCAACACUUGGUACAGUCAUCUGGACCACAGCAGCAAGUGCUGACACCCAAGCCUAUGAUGGGACCACAGAUGGGAAUGAAACCACAGCAGCUAGUUAUGCAACAACAGCAAUUAACUAACAAUUUAUUUCCUGAUACAGAUCUUGACAAGUUUACAGCUGAUGAUAUCAUGGAUCCCAUAGCAAAGGCCAAAAUGGUUGCUCUAAAAGGAAUAAAGAAGGUUAUGGCUCAAGGGAGCAUUGGAGUGACUCCUGGCAUGAAUAGGCAACAGGUUUCUCUUCUUGCUCAGCGAUUAUCAGGGACAGCAGAGUCUUCCAAACAAACGCAAGCUGGUGCUGCACAGGAGAGAUGCAUCAUAGAUCCAUCUCAACCACGACCCAACCCUCCAGCAUUUGUUCAGGGAGUGAUUAAUGAAGCAGAUCAACGUCAGUAUGAAGAGUGGCUCUUCCAUACACAGCAGCUAUUGCAAAUGCAGUUGAAACUCCUAGAGGAGCAAAUAGGGGUUCACAGGAAAUCCCGUAAAGCACUGUGCGCUAAACAGCGGACUGCAAAGAAAGCUGGACGGGAAUUCCCAGAAGCAGAUGCAGAGAAGCUGAAAUUAGUAACAGAACAACAAAGCAAGAUUCAGAAGCAGCUAGACCAGGUUCGUAAGCAGCAGAAGGAGCACACAACCCUCAUGACGGAAUACAGAAACAAGCAGCAGCAACAGCAGCAAAGUUGUGGUGUUCUUCCCCUUAGUCCCACCCAGAAUUCUCGUGUUCUUUCUAAAGUUCCAGGUCAGCUCCUUAAUACUCAGACUAUUCAGCAACCCAGCUCUGUACAGCACAACCAAUUGGUUGGACAAGCUGGUAAUGUGCAUGGCUUACAGUCUGUGAUACCCAUGCAGACCCAACAAGCUGCCUCCUAUGUUAAAACAUUGAACCAGCAACAUCAAGUUCAAGGGAGCAAUACUGCUAUUCCUGGGACCUCUGCAAGUUUUUACUCACCAACAUCUGUUCUACAUGGCCUCACCCCUGAACAACGUUUAAUCCAAGAAAGGCAGUUGCAACAGCAGAGAAUUCAAUUAGCUCAAAAACUUCAGCAAACACCACAAGGUUUUCAGAUGCCUCAGCAGAGUAAUAUGUCCCAAGCCAUACUGGGAAAGCAGCAUGGGCUAAUAGGGAAUCCACAUGGUUUAUUAGUUCCACAGGCCUCUACAUUACAGCAUCACUCUUCUCAGCAACGUCAGGUUUUAAUUGCACAGCAACAGCAGCAUGUUUUGGGAACUGCAACAAUACCACAGUCACCAAGCAUGGCAGGACAGAGACUAAUUUUGUCACCACCACAAGGUGUAAAUCUGUCAAAUAUACAGCAUGCUGGUCUAGGACAAUCUGUUAGUACACUGACACCACGCCCACUUGGAGGACAAGUGCAACAGAUAAGCCACAGCCUCUCUGGUCUUCAGCAAAACUUAAACAACCAACAGGGGCCAGUUUUAAAUACUAAGAACCAUAAUCAAAGCUUUCUGAUUCAAGAAGGUGCAGAUCCUCCAGGACAACAGAUUUCUAGCUGUAGUCCGGCCAGCCAAGAAUCUGGAGACCAGCAUUCUCAUGAGCAGCUAAGCCAUAGUUCUGCCAGCACAGGUAAUCAGGAGCAAGAACUUCAGACCCCUGUUUCAGUAGAAGAUUCACAGCUGGUAAAUCAACAUCCAGAUCAAACACAAACUCUUUGUGAGGUAACCAGUCCUUUGCAGCAACCUGCAAGACAGUCUCUCCCUCCCACAACACAAAAUACCCAAAAUCAUGGAGUGCUAAUAAGGCCAGAUUCUCAUCCAGGCAUUCAACCUAGUGCCAUUCAAGAAGCACCUCCUGUUUCUCAGCAGAGCAUAAGCGCUGAGCAGUCAAACAUGGUGCAGGACCAGGGAAAUAACCAGAUACAGCAACAGGGAAAUGAACAUCAAUCAAAAAAUAUUGUUGGGCAGCAUUUACCACACCUAGCUGGACAACAGAGACCAGCACUAAGUGGCCAAGUGUUGCAACAUCCUGCUAGCUUUAUGGGACAGCAAAAUACUAUACUUAUGGGCCAAAUUCGAGCUCAGCUUCAAGGCAUCAUUGCAAAGAAUCCACAGUUGCGACAUCUGACACCACAACAGCAACAACAGUUACAGGCUAUUCUUAUUCAGCGUCAUCAGCAGUCUCAGAGCCAAGCUCUAAAACAAGCCACCUUGCAGGAGACAGCAGUGCCACCUUCUCAUGCAACAGUGCCCAAUGGUGCAUCAACCAGUCAAACACUCUCUAGAGGUAUAUUCCAAGUUCGGCAAAUUGGAUCUGUUUCAGAACAAAUUCAGUCAAGCGUUACAGGAGAGGAAAAAUCUGCAAAUAUUGAGAAAGGAGCAUCAGAACAAUCAGCCGGAGCACAUCAGGUAGCAGAGCUGGGACAAAACUCUGUGCUAAAAUCUCCAGGAGCAGCAAGAUACUGUGCAGUUCAAUCUCAGGAAACCACAUCUGGUCAACAUCCUCAGGGCGUAAUAGCACCAAGACACAUACUGCAUCAACCUCCACCUCAAUAUAGAAUGCCUCACCAAACACAACAGUAUCAGAUGCAACAACACCAGCUUCAGCAACCACAAAAAAUGCUUUCAUUACAACCACAUCAGUUGCAGUCUCAACGUGUACAACAUCAAGUGGAGCAGUCUCAACAAACACAAUUGCAGCAAGCCCAACAUAAUUUGCAGCAAUCACACAUACCACAAACUACGAUACAGCAAGUCCAGCAACUACAAACACAGCAAGUACAACAACAACAACAGGUGCAGAAACAACCACAGCAGCAAAUAUCACAUCCGAUGUUGCAUAUUCAACAAGUGCAACAGCAUCAGGUGAAGCUACAGACCCCACAGUCCGACCAGGUACAACAGGAAGUGCAGCAACAGGCACAGCUUAGUUCCCAGCAGCAACAGGCACAGCUUAGUUCCCAGCAGCAACAGGCACAGCUUAGUUCCCAGCAGCAACAGGCACAGCUUAGUUCCCAGCAGCAACAGGCACAGCUUAGUUCCCAGCAGCAGCAGGCACAGCUUAGUUCCCAGCAGCAGCAGGCACAGCUUAGUUCCCAGCAGCAGCAGGCACAGCUUAGUUCCCAGCAGCAGCAGGCACAGCUUAGUUCCCAGCAGCAGCAGGCACAGCUUAGUUCCCAGCAGCAGCAGGCACAGCUUAGUUCCCAGCAGCAGCAGGCACAGCUUAGUUCCCAGCAGCAGCAGGCACAGCUUAGUUCCCAGCAGCAGCAGGCACAGCUUAGUUCCCAGCAGCAGCAGGCACAGCUUAGUUCCCAGCAGCAGCAGGCACAGCUUAGUUCCCAGCAGCAGCAGGCACAGCUUAGUUCCCAGCAGCAGCAGGCACAGCUUAGUUCCCAGCAGCAGCAGGCACAGCUUAGUUCCCAGCAGCAGCAGGCACAGCUUAGUUCCCAGCAGCAGCAGGCACAGCUUAGUUCCCAGCAGCAGCAGGCACAGCUUAGUUCCCAGCAGCAGCAGGCACAGCUUAGUUCCCAGCAGCAGCAGGCACAGCUUAGUUCCCAGCAGCAGCAGGCACAGCUUAGUUCCCAGCAGCAGCAGGCACAGCUUAGUUCCCAGCAGCAGACUCAGCACCUGCCACAGCAGCUUACUCCACAGCAGCAGUUGACGCAGAAGCUGACACAACAGCUUACACCUAAUCAGCUGACUCAACAGCAGCAGCUGACACAACUUACUCCUCAGCAGCAGCAGCAGUUGAUACAACAGCUUACUCCUCAGCAGCAGCAGUUGAUACAGCAGCUUACUCCUCAGCAGCAACAGCAGAUUACUCCUCAACAGCAGCUGGCACAACAGAUUUCUCCUCAGCUGACACAGCAGCUUACUCCUCAACAGCAGCUGGCACAACAGAUUUCUCCUCAGCUGACACAGCAGCUUACUCCUCAACAGCAACAGCAGUUGAUACAGCAGCUUACUCCUCAACAGCAGCAGCUGACACAGCAGCUUACUCCUCAACAGCAACAACAGUUGAUACAACAGCUUGCUCAGCAGCAUCAGUUGACACAGCAUCUUGCGCAGCAGCAGCUGACGCAGCAGCAGCUGACACAACAGCUUGCUCAGCAGCAACAGACACAACAGCUUGCUCAGCAGCAGGUGACUCAACACCUCGCUCAACACCAACAGCAGCAGGUGACACAGCAGCUUGCUCAACAGCAGCAGGUGACACAGCAGCUUGCUCAACAGCAGCAGGUGACACAGCAGCUUGCUCAACAGCAGCAGGUGACACAGCAGCUUGCUCAACAGCAGCAGGUGACACAGCAGCUUGCUCAACAGCAGCAGGUGACACAGCAGCUCGUUCAACAGCAGCAGGUGACACAGCAGCUCGUUCAACAGCAGCAGGUGACACAGCAGCUCGUUCAACAGCAGCAGGUGACACAGCAGCUCGUUCAACAGCAGCAGGUGACACAGCAGCUUGCUCAGCAACACCAACAGCAGCAGGUGACACAACAGCAGCAGGUGACACAACAGCUCGCUCAACAGCAGCAGGUGACACAACAGCAGCAGGUGACACAACAGCUCGCUCAACAGCAGCAGGUGACACAACAGCAGCAGGUGACACAACAGCUCGCUCAACAGCAGCAGGUGACACAACAGCUCGCUCAACAGCAGCAGGUGACACAACAGCUCGCUCAACAGCAGCAGGUGACACAACAGCUCGCUCAACAGCAGCAGGUGACACAACAGCUCGCUCAACAGCAGCAGGUGACACAACAGCUCGCUCAACAGCAGCAGGUGGCACAACAGCUCGCUCAACAGCAGCAGGUGGCACAACAGCUCGCUCAACAGCAGCAGGUGACACAACAGCUCACUCAGCAACAACAACAGCAGCAGGUGACACAACAGCUCACUCAGCAACAACAGCAGCAGCAGGUGACACAACAGCUCGCUCAACAGCAGCAGGUGACACAACAGCUCGCUCAACAGCAGCACUUGUCACAACUCUCUCAACAACACCAACAGUCACAACUCGCUCAACAACACCAACAGCAGCAGCUGACACAACUCGCUCAACAGCAGCAGCUGACACAACAGCUCAAUCCACAGCAACAGCAGGUUACACAACAGCUUGCUCAACAUCAUCCACAGCAGGUUGCUCAGCAGCAGCAGCUGACGCAGCAGGUUGCUCAGCAGCUGACGCAGCAGGUUGCUCAGCAGCAGCAGCUGACGCAGCAGGUUGCUCAGCAGCAGCAGCUGACGCAGCAGGUUGCUCAGCAGCAGCAGCUGACGCAGCAGGUUGCUCAGCAGCAGCAGCUGACGCAGCAGGUUGCUCAGCAGCAGCAGGUUGCUCAGCAGCAGCAGGUUGCUCAGCAGCAGCAGGUUGCUCAGCAGCAGCAGGUUGCUCAGCAGCAGCAGCAAGUUGCUCAGCAGCAGCUUGCUCAGCCUCAUGUCUUGCAACAACAGCAUCUAUUAACUCAGCAGCAGCUAGCUCAGCAUAAACAGUUAACUCCUCAAUUAAUACAGCAACCAUUAUCUCAACAGCAGCAGCUUCAGUUAAACCAGCAGUCACCACCAUCAAAUCAGUUGUUACAUCCUACAGAAUCGAUCCUAGAGACAGAAACGGAAGAGACACCACAAGCUAAUAAGAUGCAGGAGUCACAAUCAACAGAGCAGAUGGGACACACAGAGCAACAUCAGACAAAACAAGCAGAACAGAUUCAGCAAACACACCACCAUCAGAUGCAGGCAGGUCAACAGAUACAGCUACAUCUGGUACAAAAACAGUCAUUGCAGCCACAUCAAAUGUUGGCACAGCAGAUGAAAUCUCAAAGCCAGCUUUAUAUAAAACAAUCACAACAAACACAGCAGUUAUCACAUUUACAGCAGCAGACAUUUCAACAGGCUUCUCAAAGUCAAGUUCAACAACUUCAACAGCCACUUAUACAGCAGCCCCUUCAAGUACAGCAAACACAGACCAUAAAAGAGCAGCCAUCACAACCACAAUUACUGCAGCAGCAACCGAGUCAAUCCUCACAGGUGCUGCAGCAAAUACAGCAUCAGAACAAAGAACAGAUGCAUUCUUCAUUACAGCAAAAUUCACAAAUGAAGCAAAUACAUCAGUCACAAAUGUUGCACCCUCAAAUGUCACGACAAUUGUCCCUCCAAACACACCACCCCCACACAGGUCACCAACAGCCAUUACAACCGCUUCAGCUGAAACAUCAAAUGCAGCCGCAGCAAAUGCAGCAUCAGAUGCAGCACGUACAAACUCAGCUUAACCAGCCACAACUGCAGCAGUCAACCCAGAAGCCAGCACAGCAGCAGCCCACUCCAGUAAAGCCUCUUACGCAGCAAAACCUAUUACAUACACAGCAACAACGAUCUCUGCAGCAGUUACACCAGCAAAUGCAACAGCCACAACAAUUGCAGAUGCAACAAUCUAAUGCUAUUACACAGCAUGUACAACAUCUAAAACACAAUCAAAUGCAACAUAUACAACAGCAAAAACAACUGCAACAGCUACAGCCACAUCAGCUUCAGCAAGUUCAGCAGAUUCUGCAGUUAAAACAGCAAAUACUUCAACAGCCACCCGAGAAACAGCUACAACUACAACAACAACUCCAGUUUCACUUGCAACAGUUUCGUCAGCAGCAAGCACACUUGCAUGUAGAGAGCACACAAGAACCAAAGAGAGAGCCACAAGAACCCAUUGCUUGCACUGUGCCAAAAUCUCAGCCUCAAAGUCAGAUAAAAUCCCCAGAUGAGAAUGUCAAAUGUGGGGAAGGUCUUGCAAUAGUUAGCGCUAUUCCUCUUUCGUUGACUCAGCAAUUGAAUGAUAGCCAGAAUACUGAUAUGGCCUCCUCCCCAGCUUUGAAAUCCCAUAUUGCUCAUAAGCCAGAGAGAAAACAAUCUGAAGUAUCAGACUCUGAAACUCCUACAGAGCAGUGCAAAGGUUCUGAAUCAUUUAAGAAACAAAAUUGUCAAAAUGAGGCUGGUGAAACCAGAGAUCUGCAUCUAAAUGCUUACUCACAGGAAGAUGGUAAGACGUCAGUGACUAUGAAUAAACAGGAGACUCUGACAUCUUGUAAUCCAGUUAUUCUACAGAAUGGUGAUAUGACUGAAUUGCCCAAGCUUCUCAAGCAGGAGUUUAUAGAUGAGUGCAUUUCUGAAAGCCAGGACUUUAAAAGUGAGGCAAGUGGUGACCAAGUUACUAUUGGAGCUAAAACAGAGGCAGGACACCUCCUUUUGCAGAAAUUGCUGCGUGCCAAAACUGUGCAGCUUUCUUCCCAGUGCUCUUCUGAUUCUCUUCAUGAAGACAUAAAUGGACACAUUGAUAACAAAUUAAGUGUUCUUGAGCAGAAAUUGCAGGCUACUUCACGGAGCAAGGAGGAUAUAUGUGCAAAGAAAUCUCUACCCAAGCCAAAAAGGGCACAAAAGGUCAGUGAAAAGGUGCCUAACUCUCGCAAAAAGAUUCGCAGAGAGGAUAGUUUGAAAUCCCCGGAUGCCAUCAUGAAGCAACUGAAACAGGAACUUUCACUGCUGCCGCUGGUGGAGCCUUCUAUUACAGCCAAUUUCAGCCUCUUUGCUCCUUUUGGGAGUAGCAGUCCUGCUAAUGGCAAAAACCCUUUAAAAGGAUCCUUUGGCAAUGGAGCACUAGAAAGUAUUCCAGAUUAUUAUACACAGAUGCUCAGUAAGAACAACUUAAGUAACCCGCCUACCCCUCCGUCAUCGCUGCCUCCCACUCCACCACCUUCUGUGCAACAGAAAAUGGUUAAUGGUGUAACAGCUGUGGAAGACCUAAGUGAAGGAAAUAAAGAAAUUGAGAGUAGCAAAGAAGCAGAAGCUAAGAAAAGUACAGUUGAACGUAGUCUGGACCUCUUGGCUGCAUUGCCCACCCCACCACACAACCAGAGUGAGGAUGUUAGGAUGGAGAGUGAUGAGGAAAGUGAUUCUCCUGAUAGCAUCGUCCCUGCUUCAUCUCCAGAGAGUGUUCUCGGGGAAGAAACACUGCGAUUCCCCCCUCUCUGUGAAGUGAAGGAACAGAAAGAAGUAAGAGCAUUCUCUCCGGUCAUACCAUUGAUUCCACGUUGUGCCAUACCAGCAAUAUUUCCCUCAGUGUUCCCUGAUAUGAAGCCUACUCAGACACUUCCGGUCUUAUCAGACAAUACUGGGAAGAUGCUUGAGACUAUUGAAGGACCUGCUGCUUGGGAGAAGGCAAAAAGUAGUGAAGUAUCUCUGAUGCUUACCGUGUCCACUGCAGCAGCUAAGAACUUAAACGGAGUGGUAGCAGCUGUAGCAGGUUUGCUAAGCAUCAAGCUGCCAAGCUCCUAUGAAGUACUUUUCCCAGAGAGUGGUCUCAAAAGUAGCAUUGAGGUGAAGAAAUCUGCAGACCCAUCUACAGAUGGUGAAGGCAGUGAGAAGGACAAACCUCAACCAGGAAAACCAGAGAAUUGUAAUGACUGGCUUAAACAACUUGAUGCUGUUCUUCCUGGAUAUAAUGUAAAGAGUGAGCUGGACAUACUCACUCUCCUUACACAGGAGGAACACGUGGUUGAGAAAGCUGCAAAUCAUUGUUAUAUAAACAAUGUUUCUAAUUUGGAUGUGCGUCAGCUUCCUAUGUUACCUGAAGAAUCCUCUCCUCCUCCUUCACCUUUUGCCCCCUCUCCAUCUAGUCCAGUAGAUCUUUCUGCUGCAGAGCCUGAUCCUCCUCCUCCACCACCUCCACCACCACCUCCACCACCACCUGCACCAUCACCUCCACCCAAGUCCCCUGAAAUAGAAGACUUUUUGGAAGUAGCCAAAAUAAAACAGCGUGCACGCCCAUUGGAGGAAGGUAUGGAGGAGCAACGGCCACGGGUAAAGAAGUGGAAAGGGGUUCGCUGGAAGCGACUACAUAUAUUGAUUACCUUCCAAAAAAUUAACUCUCGGCACUGUGAGAAAGAGAUUUGUGAGGUGAUUGAAAGGCUAGGGACCGCUCUAAGACCUGAAACCUUGCCUCAGGACCUGCGCAAGUGUUGCUUUUGCCAUGAGGAAGGUGAUGGUGCUACUGAUGGACCAGCACGUCUGCUUAACUUGGAUCUUGAUCUCUGGGUUCAUCUUAAUUGUGCAUUAUGGUCUACUGAGGUUUAUGAGACCCAAGGUGGUGCACUAAUUAAUGUUGAAGUGGCUCUGCACCGUGGACUUCUUACAAAGUGCAGCUUGUGCCAGAAAACAGGCGCCACCAACAGUUGCAACCGCCUUCGUUGCCCAAAUGUUUAUCACUUUGCCUGCGCCAUCCGUGCCAAGUGCAUGUUCUUCAAGGAUAAGACCAUGCUGUGCCCCAUGCACAAGCUUAAGGGGUCGUGUGAGCAGGAGCUAAGCUGCUUCACAGUUUUUCGUAGGGUGUAUAUUGAGCGUGAUGAAGUUAGUCAGAUUGCCAGUAUUAUCCAGCGGGGAGAUCGAAUCCACAUGUUUAGGGUUGGAGGAUUGGUGUUUCAUGCCAUUGGUCAGCUCCUCCCACAUCAGAUGCAGGACUUUCACAGUGUGACUGCUUUGUACCCUGUAGGCUUUGAGGCCACAAGGGUCUACUGGAGCAUGCGGCACAGUCAUCGACGCUGCUCUUAUCGUUGUAGAGUUUGUGACAACAAUGGCAGACCAGAAUUCAGUGUACAAGUUAUUGAAUAUGGCUACGAGGAUGUGAUACUAACAGAUUCUUCUCCUCAGGCUCUCUGGUAUCGGAUUGCUGAACCUGUAGCUCGUAUGAGGAGGGACACAGGAAUGUUGCGUCUUUUUCCAGAGUAUAUAAAAGGGGAAGAGAUGUUUGGUCUUACUUUGCAUGCAGUGUUGCGCAUUGCUGAGUCUUUGCCUGGAGUAGAGAACUGUCAGAACUAUCUCUUUCGAUAUGGCAGGCAUCCUUUAAUGGAGUUGCCUCUCAUGAUCAACCCAACUGGCUGUGCCAGAUCUGAGCCUAAGAUCAUGACCCACUACAAACGGCCCCAUACUCUGAAUAGCACAAGUAUGUCCAAAGCCUACCAAAGCACCUUUACAGGGGAGACAAAUACUCCCUACAGCAAGCAGUUUGUGCACUCAAAAUCAUCCCAAUACCGCCGUCUGAAGACUGAGUGGAAGAACAAUGUUUAUCUGGCACGUUCACGCAUCCAAGGCUUGGGACUGUAUGCAGCAAAGGACCUUGAAAAACACACCAUGGUGAUAGAGUACAUUGGCACCAUUAUUAGGAAUGAGGUUGCAAACCGCAGAGAGAAGAUCUAUGAGGAACAGAACCGAGGAAUUUACAUGUUUCGAAUUAAUAAUGAGCAUGUGAUUGAUGCCACCCUGACCGGUGGGCCAGCCAGGUAUAUUAACCAUUCCUGUGCUCCCAACUGUGUUGCUGAAGUUGUCACGUUUGACAAAGAGGAUAAGAUUAUCAUCAUCUCUAGCCGUAGGAUUCCAAAAGGGGAGGAGCUAACAUAUGAUUACCAGUUUGAUUUUGAGGAUGAUCAGCACAAGAUCCCAUGUCACUGUGGAGCAUGGAACUGCCGAAAGUGGAUGAACUGAGAGGAAAAGUUAAAAAUGUAACUGCCUUUAAUCAUCCAGAAUAUAUGGGCUCUUUGGUAGAGACCCCAGGGAGAGCACACAGGCACCAGCUUGUCACAUAUGUCAUAGUCAGUCUGCUAUUCAAGCCGUCCUUGAUGAAGCUGCUGGACCCAGGCAUCCUUUGUCAUUUUAAUAAAGUAAGGGUGGAUGCGGUGGUGUCGGAAUACCAGCCUACCGAUGGCCUCUCUCAUGGUGAAAGGGAAAAGGAAAAGCUUGCCACGGAGGACAUGCUUACUACGCAAUUAAUCUUUUAACGUUUAUAUGAGUAGCACCUUUUCCUUCCCUAAAAUAACAGUUUGUGUCUGAUACUUUGUGUGGGAAGGAACCUCCAUUUUUAAUUCUAGUUUUUAACUUGUUGUUUUGAGCUGACCUCAAAAAUAUGACAAUGCAGAAGAAAAGCAAAAAAUAAAGGAGACAAAAAUAAUUUGUGUUAACAAAGCAGUUUGACAAUCCUAAAUCUACAUGACCCUCAGUGAGUGAGAGGGAGCACAUAAGACUGCAGACAAAAAGCACAGGAGUUGCUUUCAGUGAGCGCCAGAGACAGUCCCAAUGACUGCUACCUGUCACAGCUACCCAGUCCCAGAGGCACCUGCCAGCACCUACCUCAUCUGCCUGUUGGAUUUUAAUGUGUAUAUGUGACACUCCCACGGCAAGCUUAAAAUAUAUAUAUAUAUAUAUGUGUGUGUGUGUAUAUAUAUAUAUAUAUAUAUAUAUAUAUAUAUAUAUAUAUAUAUAUAUAUAUAUAUAUAUAUAUAUAUUCACCUCAGAAACCAUGACACAACUAAUUUAUUGGGAGUUGUGUAAUGGAAAUAUCUCCCACCUGUACUGAAGGGUUAGGGUUGGACUGCUUUGAAUACUUUCUGGAGCUUUGUGGUCUGUCUCUUGGCCUGUGAAAUGGUCUGGAACAGGCAGGAGUGCACUAAAACAUGUUCUCAGCCUGCUUUUGGUUUGACCCACAGCACUCUACCCUCAUUGUGUGCCUGAAGUUGCCACCUUUUUUCUACACAUGGAAUAUGAGGAGGGUAGUGGAGGAAGACUUUUAUGGCAGGUGUGUGUCUGUAUUUGUGUGCGUGUGUGUGUGUGUGUGAAAGAGACAGACUUUGAUUUAUAUUCUUUUAUCACUUCCAAGCGCAUCAUAAUUCUCCAAUUCAUUAUCUUCAUAGAACCCAAUAUAAAAGUAUAUGGGUAGGUAUAUUAAGUAUAUAUUUUUGAAGAGGUGAACAUAUUUUUUUUUUUUUUUUUUAGAAAAGCACUGCUGUCCCUUCCACGUUUGCCUCAUUUUGCAUUAUUCCGAAGCUGCUGCUUUUUCUCUCAGUAUAUAUUUUUCACAUCCUGAUUUUUAGCACAGUGCUUGGGGUGGGGAAUAGGUGAAGGGGUUAUUUAUUUGUACAUGUAAUUAUAUUUAUGUACUGCAAUAUUGUGAGGGAAGUACAGGGUCAUUUUGUAUGACUGGCAUUGUGUCUUGGCAUAUGCUAGAUGCUUUGUGAUCAAUUUUUAAGUAUAUCACAUGGGUACAGAAGUCAGAUUGAGCACUAAUUUAGUCCUAAACAAUGUGGUUAGUCUCUGAAUUAAUGGUUUUGUGAGUAGGUCACACACAUGUUGGCUUCCACGCUAUAUAUAUAUAUAUAAUUUUUUUUUUCUAUUUUUUUUUUUCAAAUAUUAUGUUGCUUCAGAUGCAAGAAAUUACUUUCAUGUACCAGAAUAGUUAACAAUAGUUCAAUCACCAAUUUCCUGCUCAGUCUUCUGUGGUUGACCCUUCCCUUAACAGACGCAUUAUGUUUUGAAGUGCAGAGUUAAAAAAAUAAAAUAAAAAAAAUAUAUAUAUAUAAAUAUAUAUUGGCGCUAAAAACGCCAGGGGCAUUUCAAAUCCAAGCUAUUGUGAAUAUGUAAGAUUACGUGCUGUUGCUUUUUAACACAAGCUGCUUCCACAACUGUUUUAAAAGCUGCAAAGUUGUAUAAAUGAAAGGUAAUUGUAAAUAAAAAUCUAAAAGAUUUUAAACAAAGAAUGUUCUGCAUUAUCAGGCUCCAUUUUAGCAAGAAACCACUGGACACUAUGAAGAGCCUGACAUUUUAUUUUAUAAUCAAUCAUUUAUUUUCUUUCUGUAACAAUUUUAGUAGACUAAUUUGGGCUCUUCACUGGUUGCUGACGGAACAACCCUGUCAGACUUGUAAUAUUCAUUUAUGAUGGUCCUAAAAUACAGUAAUGUAGCUUUUAGGUAAAUCUUAUACAGUUUUGUAUACAUAUAAAUAUAUAUAUUUAAACUAUAAUCCUGACCGAAGCUCAAAAUACUUGAUUUUUUUUUUGCUUGUAAAAACACUUUCAUUUGCUGUGUAUUUUUUAUUUUGAACUCCACUUGCAAAUAGGUUUCAUAUUUCCUUUUUUUUCUGCAGCCAUUUCCAUUUUAUUUUGUAUAGACAAAAUAUUCCAUAAUGAGCUGUAAUUUGUGCGGUGAGGAUUCUGUACAGAAGAUUUUCCUUCGUAGAAAACAUAAAAUUAUUCCUUUUUUUAAAAGAAAAAAAGAAAAAAGAGAAAAACUUGUACGUGGCAUGUUUUUGUAUUGAAUAUAAUUUUGAAAUGUAUAUAAUUUAUGUCAAAGAAGCAAAUGAGAAGAGCUCGUUUGCUUCUUUCGGUUUGUUUUUAAAGAGACAAAUAAAAUGCAUUUUAAAUAAGACUAAUUAAA